UCUUGUCUCUCUCUCUCUACAGUGCUGCUUCUUCUGCUUCCAACUGCUUCCGAUAGCCGCCCCCUUCUCUCGUUCUUCCCAAUUCAAACUUCACUGUUACAAACUCUCUCUCUCUCUCUCUCUCUUCUGGGUCUGUGGGUCUGAAGCGAUAGGAGGAGGAGGAGGAAAUGGGGGCGGGUCGAGAGGCGUCGAUCUCGCUGGACGGCGUGAGGGACAAGAACGUGAUGCAGCUCAAGAAGCUCAACACCGCCCUCUUCCCCGUCCGCUACAACGACAAGUACUACGCCGACGCCAUCGCCUCCGGCGAUUUCACCAAGCUAGCAUAUUACAAUGACAUUUGUGUUGGAUCAAUUGCUUGCCGUCUUGAGAAGAAGGAAGGCGGGGCAAUCCGUGUAUACAUAAUGACGCUGGGUGUUUUAGCGCCAUAUCGUGGGCUAGGGGUUGGUACUAGGUUGUUGAAUCAUGUUCUUGAUCUUUGCAUCAGGCAGAACAUUUCAGAGAUCUACUUGCACGUGCAGACUAACAAUGAGGAUGCCAUCAAUUUCUAUAAGAAGUUUGAAUUUGAAAUUACAGACACAAUCCAGAACUAUUACACGAACAUUAGCCCACCAGACUGCUAUGUCCUCACCAAGUUUGUUUCUCAGCCCUAAGGAAAGAAAUGACAAAUUUGCGGAUUGGUUGGUUCUUGAAGUUGGGAGGUCUUGGUCAGUGUGCCAUAUUAGUUUACAACAGUGUCAUUGGGGACUCUCUCUCUCUCUCUCUCUCUCUCUCUCUCUUCAUAUUCUUGAUUCAAUUACUUAAACUAUUAAGUCACAUCUGAUGCAUUGCUGAAAAUUGAGUUACUCUUGCAACUUGUUUUUUUCCUUUUGUUACAAAGAGAAAAAAAUCUAAAUACUCUCUAUUAC